AGUAUAUAUAGGAACCUCUUUUUGAAACGUUAUCUUCGCCAGUUGAAAGAAGAAGCAUCCAACAAAUAUUAUUCCCGCGCCAUAAUGGCCUCCCUCACCGACACUAAGAAUCAGACCAUAGCUCGCAGCGAUGCGUUCCUUACUGAACGAUCGAAAGUUCAUUCUUCCAACCCCUUAUAUCAUGUUCAUACCAUCUAUCUCUUCAGUCGUGACAAUAUCAAAGAUAUUAUCUGUAUGGGAUUUCUCUUUGGAGCUUUAAAUGCCUCCGUGGCGCAGAAGUUUUCGAUGGGAGCAUCAUUAUCUCCCAAAGACAUUCUGACAUCCUCCCACAAAAUGCUUCUGUGGUCAUGGAGUAAUUUGUUUCUCUUUAAUCUUCAUAACCAACGACACGCCGCAACAAUCGCUGAAGACGCAAUCAAUAAGCCCUGGAGGCCACUCCCCGCGGGUCGUAUAAACUCCAAGCAAACCACGCAGAUCAUGUAUAUCAUGUAUGCCGUCAUCAUCACGGUCUCUUUCAAAGUAGGAGGCCUUAUCCCGUGUCUUCUCGAGGCCCUUUUCUGCCUAUGGUACAAUGAGUGGGGCGGUGCUACGGAUCCGUUCAUGAAGAACCUCCUGAAUGGACUCGGAUUUGCAUGCUUCUUCGCCGGUCCGCUAGAGGCCAUAACUGGAUAUUCGGUGUUUGGUGGGAAUGGCAAGGCUGCUGCUUGGGUGGGCAUACUAGCUGCCGCAAUUACGACCACUAGCCACACACAAGAUUUCAGGGAUAUGGAAGGAGACAAGGCAGUAGGCAGGAGAACUGUACCCCUAGUUAUUGGCGACUAUAACGCACGAAUACUUGUUGCUGUCGGAGUUAUUGUGUGGACAGGCCUAGCCGGUUGGUAUUGGGGAGUUGGGUGGAAAGGAGGCCUAGCUGCUUGGAUAGCAGGAGGAGCAAUGGUAAGCAACUUAUUCUGGGACAGAUCUCAAGCAGGUGAUGCGUUUACAUGGAAACUUUGGCCAGGGUGGGCAUUAGGUCUAUUUUUAAUGCCAGUCAUUGGUGCCUAG